AUGGCUGCUAGUCGAGAAUUCAAUGACCUCGUUCAGAUCGGAGCACAGCUGCAAAACUGGCUCACCAACCCGAACGCUAGACCCCCCAUUACCAUCUCAACACUAACUCUAAAUGAACUGAGAUCCGAAGGCUGGAUUAUCCGACGAGAAACCGACGAUCUACCAAACGAAUACAACAACCGAGUGUCCCGAGUUGGAAUCACUCCUGCGCAAACCACAUUUGAACGGGUCGGCGCUAUGAACGUAAACAUUUAUACCGAGUGGGAUGGUAUUAUCGGACCUAAUAUACUAAUCAUUGAGCUUGUCAAUCGCGUAGAUGGAGCAGCGCUUCCUGCUUCCCAGCUUCCAUUCAUGUCACAGCUAAUCAAGGCUUCGUAUGAUGAUGACCGAAUCGCCCUUAUGAAUCUGCGACAUAUUUUCGUGGACACCGUCGCGAAUGAGGAGACAAGAAAUUUCUUUCGUGAUUACAUUUACCCAGGCUUCUUCGGUGAGGAAGACCCUAUCAAGGACGCGCCCUACAAGGUUUUUGAGCAUGGUACGCCUAACUUCCAGGCACUACUGGGUACCAGAAUUGGUAAGAUUAUUGUUUAUUUUCUGCUGAACGCGCAUGCGCCAGGAACCCGGACGAUUCAGCGAAUUGUAAGCUGGGUCAAAAAUUAUUCUUUGCAUUUGCGAUUUGAUCUUGAUAUUACCCGUUAG